AUGCACACGCCGUGAACUUUCACCCCACCAGCCUGGCGAGUUGUUUUGAUUUAGCAGCCUUUCUCAUCUUGUCUUCUUCCUUGGGAGGAGCGACCGACGUACACUCGGACAUUAGGGGGGGAAAGAAGAAAGACAAUAAUGGCGUCGUCAAGUAGAAACCGGACGGAAUAUGCUUUUAUCCCCCAGCUAACGUUAGCCGUGAAGCUAACGUAGCGAGUAGCGACGACAAUGCACUUUUUAGCUUUGACGGGCUUCCUUUAAAAGGUUAUUUUCAGCGUGUCUGAAGAACAAAACGUACAGAGUAUCCUUUUUGAAGAUCAGGAUACAUCCAUCCCUUUCUUCCAAUGGGCGAGGAAAAGCCAGACACGUUGGACUUCGUGAAGGAUUUCCAGGAAUAUCUAAGCCAGCAGACCCAGCAUGUCAACAUGAUAUCAGGGUCGGUCAGCGGGGUCAAAGAGGUGGACGAAGUACCUGCUGACUACAGUCAGAAUGGGCUGGAUCACCCUGCAGUGGACAUGUCCCUGGAGGACAGCUCGGGGGUCUUGGUGGAUGGUUUCGAAAGAACGUUUGAUGGCAAGCUCAAGUGUCUCUACUGCAACUACGCCACCCGAGGAACGGCACGGCUCGUAGAGCACAUUCGCAUGCACACAGGAGAGAAGCCCCACCGCUGCCACAUCUGCCCAUUUGCCUCGGCCUACGAGCGCCACCUGGAGGCCCACAUGAGGUCCCACACGGGCGAGAAGCCCUACAAGUGUGAGCUGUGCUCCUUCCGCUGCAGCGACCGCAGCAACCUGUCACACCAUCGUCGCCGGCGCCACAAACUUGUCCCGAAAAAGGACGCUCGCACCCUCUCCCAUAAGAAGAUGAUGAGCGUCCUGCAGAAGAAGGCCAGCUCCCUGAACUACGGCCGCCGCCUCCUCCUCACCUCCUGCCCUUCCUCGGUGGUGACCCCCAGGGUGGACGACGACUGUGACCACGAGCUGCCUCACUUACAUCAGGAGACUUAUGAUGAUCUGAGUCACGCGGGUGAGGAGAGCCUCUCUAGGAAUCCAAACCAUCUUCAUCCAGACCUCAUCAUGGAUAACCCCCUGAACCAGCUGUCUGUCCUGGCUGGCCAGUGUGCCAGCCUCCCUUCAGCAUCUCCAGGAGCGGACUCCGUCGUCGACGAGAAGCCCCUCAUUAUCCACCAGCCCCUUUCUCCCACCGCGCCCGGAGCCGUCCCAGACGGUGCGGCACAAGCCUCAUCGUCGUCUCCGAUCACCCCGGAGCCCCGCGCUCCCCCGCACAGCAACUGCAGCCCCGCGGGAGGACCCUGCAGCCCCGCAGGAGGACCCUGCAGCGAGCACAGUGGACGGGCCAGCACCCCCACCGUCUCCAACAGCCAACCCAGCACCCCAGCCCCCGCCCAGUCCGCCCCCAUGCAGGACUCCCACACCGUCCAUCACUGCCAACACUGUGACAUCUUCUUCCCAGACAACAUCCUCUACACCAUCCACAUGGGCUGCCAUGGUUACGAGAACCCAUUCCAGUGCAACAUCUGCGGCCACAAGUGCAGGAGCAAGUAUGACUUUGCCUGCCAUUUUGCUCGCGGGCAGCACAUGUGACGUGCAGAGCAGCUUUCUUUAUUAGUCCUUUUCCACGGCCUUGAUGUAGCUGCGCUUUCCUGGAAAACAUGACUGAUCAGAUGAGUCAGUGCAUGUUUUGAACCCGCAUUGGUCACUGGUGAAGAAUUCUGCAAAGAAGUCUUUUGGCCGCAUGAAAAAAACAAUGUUUAAAUAGAAGUUGAAAUAAUACAAUACAGUAAGUUUACAACAAAAAAAGGCACAACACUGUAUUACAAAAAUAUCUCUUCUUGGAAGAAAAAAAUCAUGUAAAAUUAGACCUUAUUCUAGUUAAAAGUAAUUUGUCAUUUUUGUGUUAUUUUCUAAGUUUAUGUGGAAAAAAAGUCACUAUAAAUCAGGUCGUAAUAUUCUAACACAAAAAUGCGAAUACUCUUAAUAUAUUUUUUUGGUAAUUUUAUGUUGAAAAAAGUUACAACGCUACAACAAAAACUUCAUUAUAUAGUAGGGGUGUAACGAUACACAAAAAUUUCGGUUCGGUACGUACCUAGGUUUAGAGGUCACGGUUCGGUUCAUUUUCGAUACAGUAAGAAAACAACAAAAUAUAAAUUUUUUGGUUAUUUAUUUACCAAAUGUGUAAACAAUGGCAUAACAUAAAUAUACACACAGGGUCCAUUGCCAGGGUUCAUGUGGUAUCAAAUAAAAACUAAAUAAGAUAAGACUCAGAAUGGUUUCUUAACAAAAGCUUUCUACAUAUAAAGUGCUUUUUUUGAUUGAUUGAUUGAGACUUUUAUUAGUAGAUUGCACAGUACAGUACAUAUUCCGUACAAUUGACCACUAAAUGGUAACACCCCAAUACGUUUUUCAACUUGUUUAAGUCGGGGUCCACGUUAAUCAACAUUAAACUGCCUCAAGUUGUUGCUCAGAUUAAAUAAAAUAACAAAACUUUUCUUCUACAUAUAAAAAGUGCAACAUUAAACAGUUUCAAGUCAACUCAGCCUCAGAUUAACUUUCUCCCCCCCCCCCCCCCCCAGCCUGGCUAACUUGGCAGUAAGAGGAUAUAUGGGCUUAUUGUUCUUCCACCAUAGAAGUGGCUCAAAAUCUAGUUUUUAAUGCAAUAUGGUCUUAAAUCUGCUGCUAUAAAAACAUUUCUUAUUGCUUUAGCCCUGCCUGACUCGCCGAGGAGAGGCUGCUUGAAUGCGGUGGUGACGCUUCAAAUGGGUUAGCAUGUUUGACGUGUUGUCAGAAGCAGCUGCUGAACAAUGUCGGCAAACCUCCGUCCUCCAUUGUUGUAUCUAGCGCAGCCAAAGUGUUCCCAAACGGGAGAUCUUAACGAGGCAGGAGGGUCUUCCAGCUCUGGCUUUUACAUGUUGUCCCUGCUAGCAUGCCGUGUGUUGUGUCUCGGUGUGCAUUGUUUACACAACGUGCACUGCGCUACUUAAUAGGUCCGUGUGGAAACUCGUUCAGUACACCUCCGAACCGAACCUAAACCCCCGUACCGAAACGGUUCAAUACAAAUACACGUACCGUUACACCCCUAUUACACAGUGUUAAGAAAAAGGUGAAUAAAAAAAGUCAUAUUCAGGUACAAAAACCUCCAUUUUCCAGUAACACAUGAUCAUUCGUAGCAUUAAACGCUCAGUCUGGUGACUGUUAGUGUUAAGGUCUACAAACAAUACAUUCAGCAUUUUUGGCCAAUCAACAUCAGGAUUUCCCUUUGGAAUUCAAACAUAAAUGUGUCUUUUGACAUUUUUUGAUGAUUUUAUUUUUCAGUGUGGCUCUAAUACUUCUUUGUAUAAUUCAAACAAUGCAACCAAAAAGGUUGUUUUAAAAAAAACAUCUCGCGGAGUUACGUCUCGAAAGUGUCCACGCUAUCACAUUGUUAAAAGUCACGUGGUGUCACAAGUAUUUCUUGGCAGUGCCUAACAUUUUUAGUGUGAGUGAAUCAUUUAAACCGUAGCAAAGAAACCAUCUUUUGAUUAACUAUGGGCUUGCCCAAAUCCUUUUCCCACAAUUGCUGCUAUUGACAGUAAAACCUGGCCAAACGUACAGUAUAUUAUGUAUGUCGGCGUCACUAGACUUGAACAAAGUGGUCUUGUUCUGUGUCCUGAACUUCCUGCCGAGGCCCAGGAAAUGUAACAAUGUGCAAAUUGUUUUAACACAAUGAUCGUUUUGGUAUUGUAUCGAGUUACGUUACAAAACCGUAUCCCCAUUACCCCGCGGCUUAUUUAUUAUCCUUCGUGAUAACCCAUAUUUGUUUGACCUCUUCUUUUCUGAAUAGGUUCUUUAUAUUGUACUCUCAGUGGUUGGAUCGAUGUUUGUCGUCGGAAUCGUGUUGCAGUAAGUCUGCUCCAUUGGCAGGAUUGUCCCAUGUGUCGGAUACUGUCGUCUGUUGCUAAGCAACGUGUGUAUUUUAAUGCCUUAUGCUGUCACUUUAAUGUCAAAGCCCUUGCAUCCUUUGGGGUGCGAAACACUGUCUUGAAUUCAUUUAGCUAAUUUAUAAGAAGUAAAGUGUUUUCUAACUGAGGUGAUUGCUUCACGUGUUUGUAAAAAAAAUACUGGGGUUGUCUUUGAAGCAGCUUUUAAUCAGGUAUUGUGAAGUAUACAAAGGGUGAGUAUGUUUAUUAAACAAUGUUUAUAAUUAGAAUGAGUUGAUCUGAUCAAAUUAAACUUCGUCCUCUUUUGCAGCCUCCUCUUCCUUUUUGCCGGGCUCUAUGAGGACAAGAAAGGACACACGUUACAUCCGCUAAACCCGGAGUCGACACCAGUCACCUGCUGUCUACUGACCUACGAGCUGGAUGGGACCCAGGACCAGAGUCUGGCUCUCGUGUUCGGCGCCGACGUCCCUGGCCUUGCGUUUGAGGCAGCCCCGGCGGCAGCGAGAGUUCCAGUCGUUGUUUUGACAAAUCAGGACCUUGCACUGGAGGUAGA